AUGCCCAAUAACGCUACUGUUAACUUCAUGGUGGCAGAGAUCGGGUGGGAUCCUGAGGUCUGGGAGGAUCCCAUAGCGUUCGAGCCGGAGCGAUUCCUAGAAAUUGGUGGCGGCGAGUUCGAUUUUACCGGAAUCAAGGAGAUCAGGAUGAUUCCAUUCGGAGGUGGAAGAAGGAUGUGUCCUGGGUAUACCCUGGACAUGUUGCAUCUCGAGUACUUUAUGGCCAAUCUUGUGUGGAACUUCAAGUGGGAAACUGCAUGGGAGGUUGAUCUUUGGAAGAAACCCGAGUUUCAGGGACAGAGCUAG